GGGGGUGUGAGCAAACGGUUGUAAACAAUAAUUUCAUCGAGUGAAUUUCGAUCAAUCAAGGGUGAAAAUACUUCCAGAAAUAUUUACGGUAUGCUGAGUUAACAUCAGGAUAAGGACCUGUACGGCAAGAGUAUUAUUAUUAACGCGGUGUAUCACUGUCUAAGUUGAGGUGGGCAGCAGUCACAUUAGGUCGGUGAUCCCACCCACCACCAAAGAAGAGGCGCUCAGACACGAUGUCGACCGGGGGUGGGGAACCCGUGUUGCCCGCUGCUGCCGGUGCCGCCGGUGCCGCGGUCGGAAGCCCUGCUGGUCGGGGUGAAGACGCGAGUGCACCAGCACCAGCAGCAGGCAGGAGAAUAUUUGAUCCCAACUCCUUCGUCUUCAAGUACUUUUUGUCAGCGUGUGCAGCAACUGUGGCUGAAACGGUGACCUACCCACUUGACCUGACCAAGACGAGACUUCAGCUUCAAGGAGAGCAUGCAUCAGCAAGGCAUUAUGGGGUAGCGGCAGAAGCCAUUCCUUACAGGGGGAUGGUCCGUACAGCUGUUGGCGUUGUUCAAGAAGAGGGUUUGUUGAAAUUGUGGCAAGGUGUGACACCAGCAAUCUACCGGCAUAUCGUUUAUACAGGCUGUAGGAUGGGAGCGUAUGAGUACAUCCGAGAAAAUGUUCUUCAUAGGCGCAGUGAUGGUUCCUUUGCAGUGUGGAAGGCGGCUAUUGCAGGGAUGCUGGCCGGUAUGAUUGGUCAAUUUAUUGCCAGUCCAACGGACCUGGUCAAAGUUCAGAUGCAGAUGGAGGGUCGGAGGGUGUUAGAGGGCAAACCACCAAGAGUCAAAAGUGCCUUACAUACAUUUGCCAAAAUUCUCAGGGAAGGUGGGAUCCGAGGUUUGUGGAAGGGCUGGAUACCAAAUGUACAGAGAGCAGCAUUAGUCAACAUGGGAGAUCUAGCCACCUACGACACCUCCAAACAUCUCAUACUCAAGCACACAGAAUUCAGCGACAACUGGAUAACACAUGGUUUAGCAAGUGGCUGCUCAGGUCUGGUUGCAGCCUCUUUAAGUACACCAGCAGAUGUAAUUAAAACACGGGUAAUGAACCAGCCUACCGAUGCCAGCGGCCGGGGGCUGCUCUAUAGGUCGUCUAUGGACUGCUUAUUAAAAUGUGUCAGGAAUGAAGGGUUCUGGACGUUGUAUAAAGGCUUCUUCCCUAUAUGGGCCAGAAUGGCUCCUUGGUCAUUGACAUUCUGGGUGUCUUAUGAGGAGAUCCGACACAUGACAGGAGUGCAUUCCUUCUGAUUGCAUUCCUUCUGAUUGCAGACUACUGGAGCAUCCAACACAGAGGAACUGUUACUUCAUCAAAGUCGAUGGAUCAACACAAACUAUCUCUGCGCCUACUGGUAUCAAUUUAACCGUUAGACGAUCUUUCUAGUUGGUAAGACACUGCACUAGAACUGCAAAAGUUCCUGGGUUCGAAUCCAACCCGAGUUAGUAUG